AUCAGAAACGCCCAUAAUGAAAUUAUUGUUGUGUGCAGCAUUUCUUCUUUCCACAUUUCUAUUAAUCAAUCACAUUCAAAUAAAAUUGAUGCCUGCUACGAUACGAAUAUUAUUAUUUAAGAAAACAAUAUUAGAAAGAAAAAGAUCCCAAUAUAUAGUAUUUGGAUUCGAAUCUAUUGUUUACUUCAAUACUUGUGUUUAAACUCAUAAUAUUAUUCAAUCUUCUACUGCAAAAUUUGCAUGAAACAGCUAACACUGUAAGAUUCAUGGAGACUGCUUUAGUGGGCAAUUUUUGUAAGCCAAACCCAUUAGUUUCAUCACUCUUCUAUUCAUCAUCAUCAACCAAAAAAGUGCUGCCCACUACUCUAAGGAAGCCAUUAGUGUCAUCAUCUUUCACUUCCUUACAGGUGGGUGCUGAAACUGAUUAUACUUCAGAACAAUUUGUUUGGCCUUCUCCUAGUGAUGAAAUCCCAUUUUGGAAGAGGGAUUUCCCUUCAUGGGAUGCUACUUCAGAAGAUCAUGGUGAUGUUUUGAAGGAUUCCAAUCUUAUGCACAUUAUUCAUGUGACUGCUGAGAUGGCACCCAUUGCCAAAGUUGGGGGCCUUGGUGAUGUUGUCACUGGCCUUGCCCGUGCUUGUCUUCUGCGUGGGCAUACUGUCGACAUUAUGCUUCCUUUCUAUGAGUGCAUUCAGAGGCAGCAAAUCAAUGACUUGGUGUUGAUUAAUACGUAUGAUUCGUACCAUGAUGGUAACUGGAUAGGGACUAAUGCGUAUCGUGGAGUAGUGUCGGGAAUUCCCGUGAUAUUUAUUGAGCCGGAAAAUGAAUUCUUUAAGGGGCAACAGGUGUAUGGUGGUUCGUACAAUGAGUUGGAGGCUUAUUUGUUUUUUAGUCGGGCUUGUCUUGAGUGGAUGCAGGUUGCAGGGGUUCAACCUUGCAUUAUUCAUGUCCAUGAGUGGCAAACGGGUGCUUUGCCUCUGCUUUACUGGGAUAUGUACCAAUAUCUUUCACUUAAGAAGCCACGAGUAGUAUUGACUAUACAUAACAUGGAGCAUUAUGGAGAGUGUCGGCAAGAGCAGCUCAGCAAGUGCGGUCUUGAUGGAUCUGUCUACGCAACUGCUGAUAAAGCAGUUGAUGAUCGAACCAUUGGCCAUAAUCCUGAGAGAUUGAGCUUAUUGAAAGGUGGAAUAGUAUACAGCAAUGCAGUGGCUACAGUCUCCCCAACUUAUCUCAACGAAACACUCUGCUCUGGAUGGUUGGCAAGCACUUUGAUAAUGCAUCGUGAUAAGUACUUUGGUAUUUUAAAUGGAAUAGACACUACAAUGUGGAAUCCUGCUACUGAUGUUUUCUUGCCUGCCAAGUUCAAUGCUCAAAAUAUAGAGGGCAAGAAGCUAUGCAAGUACUAUGUACUUAGGGGACUUGGUUUGGCACCUGAAAGAAUUUUAACUGGUAACCAUGUGGCAAGUGAAACGCUCAAGGUCCCCUUGGUUGUUUGUAUAAGCAGACUGGUUCCUCAAAAGGGUCUUCAUUUGAUUACCCAUGCAAUUAAGCAUGUUGAAACACUUGGUGGACAAAUGGUUAUACUUGGCAAGGCUUCAGAUGGUCGAGUUGAAAAUGAAUUCAAGCAUCUGGCACUUUCGCAUAGCCAUGGUACCAGCAUUCGUAUUCUAUUAACGUAUAGUGAGGAGCUCUCGCACAUGCUUUAUGCAGCAGCAGACAUUGUGUUAGUCCCUUCCAUAUAUGAGCCAUGUGGACUUUCACAAAUGAUUGGAAUGAGAUAUGGUGCGGUCCCCUUAGUUAGAAGGACUGGUGGCCUUGCAGACACAGUCUUUGACAUGGACGACCAGUCAAACAAUGAGAUAGCUAAUGGGUUUGUAUUUGAAGGAAUCGAUGAAGGUUCCUUAAAUUGCGCUCUGGGCCGUGCAUUUUCUUUAUACAGAAACAAAGCAGAUGAGUGGAAUGAAGUUGUAAAGAAGGUUAUGGAAAUUGAUAAUAGCUGGAACAGAACAGCUGGGAAGUACAUUCAAGCUUAUGAUUCGGUUAGAGCGAGUUCCUGAGAAUUUAACUUGUAGAUGAAGUUGGAUGGAAGCAAGCAGAAAGAAGAGACACAGAACUGAUGUGGUAUUAGAUAAUGUCAUGUUACAAAAGGAAUAGUGAUAUUUACAAAUUGAAAUUUAGAGGCAUGUUCUUUCCUUGUUGGUGUUUGAUUGGAUAAGAUUUAUUGUUUCAUAUUUGAUCAAAAACCAAUCUAAUGAACUCUUUGUUUCA